AUGGCUACCGUUCGUCCACCCAUUUGGUGCAUUUCUAAAAUAUCAGUUCUCAAAUGGCUCCAAAUGGUAUGUUCCUUGGUUGUUGUUAUAUUUCUCAGUGAUGGAAGGUACCAAUGGUUCAUGUACACAGUGGUUUUCUUUAUUUCCAUCUUUCUCAUUAUGUCCACAUCCUUAACAUUGGUGAUACAAUACAUGGGUAUAAAGAACAUUUACAAUGUUGAAGUGAUAUUCAAUUUAGUAGCAUUUUCGUUAUGUUUACUGGCUGGUUCACUGUUGACCUACGAUCUGAUAAAAAUGGUUGCUGGAAGUUUUGCGCAUCAUCGAUACCUUCCGCCAACGUAUAUUGGUAGAGAUAGCUGGAUGAAUCGGGUCGCCGUCUGUAUUCCUGCUUCUGAAGACGCUCUUUUAUCAAACAUCAUUUGUGCUAACUAA